UUAGAUAAUAUAUUAUAUAUAUAUACCUACCUAUCUAUAUAAAUAGCCGUGUGCUGACCGCGUGUGGCCUACAUUUUGUUAGAAUCACUUGGACUUUUAUAUGUGAAAAAUCAUUAAAAAUGAGAGCUUUAGAAUUUGUUUUUAUUUAUUCCUUGGUCGUCUCUGCAUAUUGUAACGAGUUGGUGUUUCCCGAAGGAUUUUUAUUCGGGGCUGGUAGUAGCGCGUAUCAAGUAGAAGGAGCAUGGAACGUCUCUGGUAAGACCGAGAGUAUCUGGGACGAUUUGACGCAUCACAGGAAGCAUUUGAUGUUCAUACACACGUUCUUGCCGAAGAUAGACAACAGCAAUCAUUUGCCCGAGCCGUCGGUGGACGCCCAGCUGUUUGCCUCCACGAGCACCCGUAUCCUCGGCCACCAACCCACAAAGUCAACCACGUCUUACAUGAAGGCCGUAAACAAGUACAUGGAACAGUGGCUGGAUGGCGGUCACAAUUCGUGGGUCGGUGCGUCGCCGCUGUCUAGCAACAUCAGCUUACUAUACAACAAUAACAAUUCGACGAAAUUUCCCCAAGACACGGAACCGUGGAUGGCCGAUCUGCCACGCCGACCGCCUAAGAUAGUCGACUACUACAAGGGUGUACCCAUUUACGAACCGCUGCCCGACAAAGUGCUUCGUACUGUGCUUCAGCUUCCCUCCGUCAACGAAAUUUCCACUUACGAUUUGUACACCAUGCACACAGAGUCCCGCGCAGACCUCGACACGGCUACCGGAGACGUGGCGUGCAACUCGUACUACAAGGUCGACGAAGACGUCAAAUUGCUCAAGGAUCUCGGGGCAAAAGUGUAUAGAUUUUCAUUAAGUUGGCCAAGAUUAUAUCCAAAGGGAAAUGCCCGAGAAUUUAAUCAAGAUGCUGUGAAUUAUUACAAUAGAUUAAUCAACACACUUAAAGAAAAUGGUAUCGAACCUUAUGUUACAAUACAUCAUUUUGAUUUACCAAGGCAUCUGCAAAUGAUUGGUGGUUGGUCAAAUAAGGCUAUGAUAAUUUAUUUUUCAAUAUUCGCCGAUUUUGCUUUUAAAACUUUUGGUGACAGGGUAAAACUGUGGACAACAAUUAAUGAACCUAGUGUGGCAAUUGAAGGAUACAAGUCUGUGAAUGCUGCUCCAGCAUUAGGACAUCAUAUGAGUGGUGUAGCCGACUAUUUAGCUAUACAUAAUAUGAUUCUUGCCCAUGCUAGUGCAUAUGACAUUUAUAAAAAAAAAUACAAAUCUACCCAAAAUGGGAAAAUUAGCGUUAAUAUAGCUGGUGAUUGGUAUUACCCGUUAAAUAAAGACAAACAAGAAGAUAAAGAUGCUGCUGAAAUAGGAUUAAAGUUUCAGGUUGGGAUGAUACUUCAUCCAUUGACCUAUGGUGAUUAUCCAGAAGAAGUACGAUACAGAGUACAAAACAAUAGCGAACGAUUAAAUAUCUCUAAUGUGCGUUUCCAAAAUUUUUCUGACGAUGAAAAAAAACUUAUUAAAGGUUCUUAUGAUUUUGUGUCAUUAAAUCAUUAUAUGUCCUUCGAAGUGACUGAUUUGCCUCCAGACGAAAGAGAAGGAAAAAGUGUAAGUGAACUUGAUACAAAUAUAAAAAAGAUGCUGCUUAAAAGUGACGAAGAACUUGAAAAUAGACCAUGGUGUAAGAAUAUACCGGAAGGAAUGUCUUUAAUUCUUAAUUGGAUUGAUAAAACUUAUAAUCACCCAGAAAUUUUUAUUUCUGAAAAUGGAUAUCCAGAACCAGAAGGAUUAAAUUUUUCUUUAAAGAAACUGAAAUACCAUCACGAUCACUUAAACCACACACUAAUUGCAAUGAACAAUUACAAUGUAAAGGUUAUCGGAUAUUGUGUUUGGUCUUUAAUGGAUUCGAUGGAAUGGUUGAAUGGUUACAGGUUGAAAUAUGGAAUUUACAAAGUCGACUUUAACGACGAUAACAGACCACGUACAAACAAGUCAUCAACCAAGUGGUUCAGCGAAGUAUUCACAAAUCGGAAACUGGUUGAACCGUUCUUAACAAACGAAAAUUGUUGUAAAAAUAAUUAAUAGUGAAAUAAUAUAUAACUCAAAUUACAUAGCUAUAAUAUAUUAA